UUCACAAUUAUUCACAAUCACCUUAUUCUCGUGACGUCUUCGUGCUAUAUAUAAUUAUUAAUAAAUCUGCGUUCGUUGUUUCAAUUUUUUUGUCUGGCUCGCUACUCGCUAGUUGGCUAGUUUGCUCUCUUUUGUUGACUUCGCAGUUACUCGCAAUACCGUCGGACCUUGUCGUCUGAACGUUUUUGUUCGUUUGCCUGCCACCUCUAAAUCCUAUUCAAUUUGCUGAUUAUUUCGCCGUUUAACCCGGAACUGUCACAAGACUCCAAGCGUUCACUACGUCCCCUAUAGUUAAGUGGAAUUCCAAGAGACCAGUCGUUACCACAGGAGAUACGAACAUACGCAUGUCAAUCCAGAAUCUCAACGUAUUCGACCCGUUUGCUGAUGCAAUCAAGGGUGCAGACGAUGACGUUCAAGACGGACUUGUUCACAUAAGAAUUCAACAGCGUAAUGGUCGUAAAACAUUAACAACGGUUCAAGGUCUAUCGUCAGAAUAUGACUUAAAGAAGAUAGUACGGGCCUGCAAAAAGGAGUUUGCUUGCAACGGUACAGUAGUUGAACAUCCUGAAUACGGUGAAGUGUUACAAUUACAAGGGGACCAACGAGAAAACAUUUGCCAAUGGUUAACUAAAUGUGGUCUUGCCAAGUCUGAUCAACUCAAGGUCCAUGGUUUCUGAAAGAAACAAUUUAAACAUGCUACAAAAUAUAUUGGAUUGUUAACGUACAACAUCUCAGUCAAACAAAUAAUAAUUAAUUCAAAAUUCUCAAUUUCAUAACAUGUUUUAAUAAAUGUAAUAUUUAAUCCUAGUGAUUUUUCAAAUCAUUUAAUGUUCAACAAAGUAGAUUUGAAUUAGCAUUAGUGCCUAUGUAUUUCUAUGCUACUGACAUAUUUAGAGAGUAUUUUUUAUUAUUUUCAUAAUUAUAUGAAAUAAGAAAAAUUAUUAACUGUAUUAUAUUUAAAUCCACAUAUGUAAUGUAAUGUGAAUGCUAUAAACUUCAUUAUAGAUACCUAUGGUAUUUAAAAUUUUUAUUUCAUAAAUGUACACAUAUUUUUUUCAUUUGUAAACUGUGAGAACUUACCACAUCUCAAGUAAAAUAUAUUAAAAAUAUAAUAUUAUAUACACACAUUGCAAACAAGUGCAGUAAGUCCUCGUUUAACAGCCCUGUUAGAUUAAAUUUUCAGCAACUAUUAAUUGACAUUCACUGUUUAAUGAUUUAAUCUAUAUUCUAACAUUGAUUUUGACUGACAACUUAUUUUUUAUUUUAUGUCUUAGUUCACAUUUUUUUUUUUCAGAAACAACCCUUAUACUAAGCAAGGAUUUACUGAAUAUUAUUUUCUAUUGGUUUACCAAAUGGUGUUAUAAUAAAUCGUAUAUAUAUUUGUAUGAAACAUGACUUAUGUAAAAAUCUAAUUAAACGUCCAUUUACUCA